AUGGAUAGGAAUGUAUACGAGGCAUGUUCAGACCUUGUCACCGAGUACCAGACACAUACAGUUUCCGCAGAUGAAAUUCUGGCCAGCAAGAUCAACUAUUUGGUGCCUAUUCCUUUCAAGUCGCGCGAGGAUUUGGCCGCCGAUGCUGCCGUUGACAGACUGAACGGAUUGUUCCAGGGAGAAAUCAUGCCGCAGUUGGACCUAAGGGUAUUACAUUAUUUUGCAACUCAAUUGUGUCUGCAGCGGUAUCCACAACUCAUCGAUUGUUUUGACGAAACCAGCUUGAUUACAUUGGGUCUGCUGGUGGAAAAAUGGGUCGAAGACUACCUAAUAAGUAACGAGAAUAUAAGAGGACUGUCGUCUUCCGAUGAAGACGAAGAUGAGGACGAGUACGAGGACGAUACUGAUUCCGAGAUAGAGGAUGAUUCAGAUCAGACCUUGGAAAAAGACGAUGAAAAUAAAGAAGAACGUCCCCACAAUCAAGAGAGAGAUGACAAGGCUAAAAUCCGUGCAGGUCCUGCUCAGAUGAUAUCCAAAAUGCUCAAUUACAGGGACUAUCCAGCUGAUAUAUGA